CUGGAGGAUAUGGCUUUGUCCAGGAGCACGUCCUUGUUGCAGAAAAACAUAGUGUUUCGUUGUUUAGCAGCAUUAAGCGUCACUCCAGGAAUAGCUGCUUCCGCACAGGUAUGUUCAGCCACCAGAACUUUCAGCUCAGGAAGUGAUGAAGUAGAGAAGGCAAAACUGGCAGCAGCAGCCAGGGAAAAAUAUGGAAAAGAGCCAACUAUAUUCAGUAAAAUAAUUGACAAGACGAUCCCAGCUGAUAUCAUAUAUGAAGAUGAUAAGGUGCUUGCAUUUCGAGAUGUUAAUCCUCAAGCACCAGUACAUUUUUUGGUUAUCCCCAAGGAACCAAUCAUAGGCAUCAGCAAAGCCACAGAUGAGGAUACACAGCUCCUGGGAUACUUGCUGAACACAGCCAGGAAAUGUGCAGUCUCUGAAGGGUUGAGCAAUGGUUAUAGAAUUGUUAUAAAUGAUGGAAAGGAUGGUGCCCAAUCUGUGUUUCAUCUUCACAUCCAUGUGCUGGGAGGAAGGCAGAUGGGAUGGCCUCCAGGAUAAGAUAAAACUUUCUAAAAACUUAAAAUUUAGCUCAAUGGUUAAUCCAGGAGUGUCAUUUGAAUAACAUAAGUAAUGCUCCUCUCAAAGAAAGAUCAGGUAAACAAGAAGGCAACUUUAUAUAGGUAAUAAUGCAGAAUAAAUUUCAGAUUUUUUUCUUAAACUUUUCCAAUGAAAGCAAAUUACUUAGAACAGUAAAUAUGACAACUGUAUUUUUUUCCUAAGACUGUGUACAUUUUGUGAAAGUAAUAUUCCUCGUGAAACUCGUAAAGCCUCCUCUGCUUGACAUGCCUUUAAGCAACUGCAGCUGGUUGUGAAAAGAUGCAUAUUGGUAUUUAUUAAAAAAAAAA